AAUAAGAAGAAAUGCUUUUUCACCCUUGUUAUAGACUUACCUUCCAUUCAGCCUCCUGUGAUCUUUGAGCAUGUGGAGCAGGGUUCGCACUGUGAUAUUUCUUCUCUGGGUCAGGGUGCCAGGCCCUGCUCACCACUAUCGAAGCCCCUUCUGUUUACCCAAUCCCAAGAAGUCCCUGGAAUUAAAGGAUUUUAGGAGCAUGCUUUUCCCGUGGGGUCAGAUUGCACUGGGGAAGGGGCUGGUGGGCCCAUGGCUUUUGACAGAACUCUGAUCACAUCUUAUCCCUGCUUAAAAGCUUUCCGUGGCUUCCUGUCAUGUACAGAAACAAGAAUUAAUGUUUAUGGAGCCAAGCGAUUAUUGGAUGUUUUAUAAAUUGUCUUGGUUAGUCCUUCCAAUCCACUCUGUGUUGGGAACUAUUACAGAAAGCCCGAUUGCACAAUGAUGCAAAUGGAGUUCAGAGAGUUAAAGUGACAUGCCCAAGGUCAUACAGUAAGCAUGACAGGUGAUAGAAGUGGAAUCCUGUCUGUCUGACUCCAAAGUUCCUGGUUAAAUUGGAAAAAAGUUACUCUGCCAGAGUGGGUUAUGUGGCUAAGUGACUCCUUUGUAGAAAAGAUAUUUAGGUCUUGAAUCAGAGUCUGCCAGUGGUACUUUAAUCCAGAUGUUAAAAACAUUACUUCCCAGAGCUGUCAGGAAGAUCAGAGGUGAUCAUUUACCUAAGGGCUGUAAAACUCUCUGCACGCUUGUGAUUCUUGCCGUGUACUAGUUCUGGACAGUAUAUUACAAAUGAACACAUCUGGGUCAUAGGAGAGACUGAGGCAGGAGAGUGGCCGCAUCUGUACAAAUCCAUCUCAACAUCUAAGGAGGAGCUUUGCUUUUUAUCCUUGUUCAAGGUCAACCUACACUUUCCAGAGCUUUGUAAGCUUUGUAAAUAAUCUGCGCAGAGUUCAUGUGUACUUAGGAAGAAAGGCUAACUGGCCCUGUCUCUGAAUGAACUUUAGAGUCAGAGUAUUCUAUUACAUACCCUGGUUACACCUCUUGUCAGCAGAGUGGACACUGAGGCAAAUUAUAAUCUCUGACCCUCUGUGCUUUGGAGAAUUAAAUUAAAUCAGUUGGUAUAUCCAAACCUCCUGGCACAAAAUAGGUGCCCAAUAAAUAUGAAUUUACUCUUAGUCUUAUUUAAAAGAGGGAUCAAAAGAGAGGAAGGAGGUCUUGACCCAGUUUUACCUGGAGCAGAGGAAUUGUAAGUCUUUCAGGCUUACAAUUAGUAGUUUUGUAGUUCUAGAAAUAAGAUAUCUCGUUUGUGCAAUACAUAAUAGCAACAAAAGAGGUCUGGGAUGCUCUCAGUGAAAGGCGUGAAUCAUGGACUGUUGGUUGAUUUUUUAAUACUUGGUGGAUGUGGCAGCCUUUUAAAAAUCCGACUGCAAAAGCCAAAGCAGCUAGAGCUGGGGCGUUUAAGGUGGCUGAUGUUAUUUAUGUGAAAGGAUAAAAUGUUUUGACUUUAUGCACUUUCAAAUAAGAAAGCACUUUUGAAAAGAAAGUCCUUUUUCAUACCCAUGAUUAGGCGAAAGACAGGUGUCUCUUUGUCACGGAACCGGAAAUUUUUCCAAAGUUGCGGAACUCAAAAGCAGUACUCAAGGUUGUGUGCUGAGAACCUCACACAAUGCCCAGGAACUGUACUCAGGAACUGUCUCUUCAUGCUUAUGGAAUCCAUCUGAAGACCCAGGACUUGGGCUCAGGAAAGCCAGGGACCAGAAUUGGAUCUGCCAUUCCUUUCUUCAUUUCUACCAGGUGGUUGCCUUGGGUUCUGACAAUCUUCUUUUUGUGAAGAAAGGGCUUGAACUUUCCAGUACUGAAGAAUCGAGCGUUUGUCAAAGAGAACCUCUAGACCCAGAAUACCGCGUGUUCACACCAGCCAACAGCAAGUGUUUUUCAUGGCAGCCUCUUUCAAAGCGGGCCUGCCCUUCAUCAUCAUCGAGACAAGCACCAUUAAGCCUUACCACCGGGGGUUUUACUGCAAUGACGAGAGCAUCAAGUACCCGCUGAAAACCAGUGAGACAAUCAACGAUGCUGUGCUCUGCGCCGUGGGGAUUGUCAUCGCCAUCCUCGCGAUCAUCACAGGGGAGUUCUACCGCAUCUAUUACCUGAAGGAGAAGUCCCGGUCCACGAUCCAGAACCCCUAUGUGGCAGCCCUCUAUAAGCAAGUGGGCUGCUUCCUCUUUGGCUGUGCCAUCAGCCAGUCCUUCACAGACAUUGCCAAAGUCUCCAUAGGGCGCCUGCGUCCUCACUUCUUGAGCGUCUGCAACCCUGAUUUCAGUCAAAUCAACUGCUCCGAGGGCUACAUUCAAAACUACAAAUGCAGAGGCGACGACAGCAAAGUCCAGGAAGCCAGGAGGUCCUUCUUCUCUGGCCAUGCCUCCUUCUCCAUGUACACCAUGCUGUAUUUGGUGCUGUACCUGCAGGCCCGCUUCACUUGGCGAGGGGCCCGCCUGCUCCGGCCCCUCCUGCAGUUCACCUUGAUCAUGAUGUCCUUUUACACAGGACUGUCCCGUGUGUCUGACCACAAGCACCAUCCCAGCGAUGUCCUGGCGGGAUUUGCUCAAGGAGCCCUGGUGGCCUGCUGCAUAGUUUUCUUUGUGUCUGACCUCUUCAAGACCAAGACGGCACUCUCGCUGCCUCCUUCUGCCAUCAGGAAGGACAUCCUUUCACCUGUGGACAUUAUUGACAGGAACAAUCACCACAACAUGGUGUAGGUGCCACCCACCUCCUGAGCUAUUUUUGGAAAAUGACUGCUGACAGCAAGUUUUUGCUGCUCUCCAAUCUCAUCAGACAGUAGAAUGUAGGGAAAAACUUUUUGCCCGACUGAUUUUUUAAAAAGGAAAAAAAAAAGUCUUACCUUGCGGCCUUCCAAAAUAGGUAGUGUCCGCCUAUAUGGAAACAACAGCAAACUAACAGCAAGUGCGGGAAUCCUGGAUGUGCAGUUGGUUUAAGUGUUCAUGUUAUAGUGAACACGGGCUUGUUCUGGAAUAAACACUAAGAUGAUUUGAGUAGAGCCUGCCGGUCACCUUUGUGACCCAGGCCUGUUGGAAAAGCUCAAAUUCACUUUGUAGCACACGAUGCCAGAAAUAGCACUGAAUCAAGAAAAUAUCCCUAGGGGGCUCUCGCUGUGUCUCUCUGUCCACACCACUCGAUUCUCUACUGUGACUUUGGUUCAGGAACCUUAUUUGUUUGUUUCUGUUUUUAAAUAUAAGAAAAGGGCAAGUUUGCUCAGUCAAAUGAUCAGAUCCUGAAUCCAAAUUCCCAGUCGUGAGGCCUUAUCGCUCACUUCCUCAGCCUAUAGGCCGGCAACCACAGUCCCUCACUUUAGUGAUUGGGUGACUCUUUGUGGAUGAGUGAAUUUCACAAAAAGCACAAUUUCAGAAGAGCUCGGGGGCACAGGCCCUCCUGUGUCUUCUCUUGAUGCACCAUCCUGUGAUGUUGAAAUGUCGAUUACGGGAUGCUGAUGUUGUAUACGUCAAUCACCCGGGCACUGGCACGCUCAAGUAGUGACGGUCAGGUUCAGUUACUGCUUUCUUCCUGGAAACCCUUGCUGGGUGCCCACCGGGAUUGCCUGGGAAGGCCCGGAAACGAGCAAAGAUGUGGUCUGCCAUCAGCUGAUGGAAAGCAGCCUUCCAUGCAAGAGAUGGAGGAGUGAAGGGGGCAGAAUGAAAAAUGAAGCAACCCUUUGGCUACUCAAAGUCCGAAUGAGCCAGAGUAGCAGACGGUCUCACAUCCCAGAAGCUGCCCUUCCAGAUAAUGGAGGGUCUCUUGGGGAGCCGCUCUUGCUAAGCUGUGUAAAGCACUAUUGUCUUGGGGUUGAUCUCUAGGGCAGUUCUUGGUAGGUUCUGCUGGGCAGAACACAUGGGUUAAAUCUUGUAGAGUUUCCUCAUCCUCUCUCCAUAAGUGUCCUUCCAAGCAAGGUCCCACUCGAGGCAACAGACAGGGACCGCUUCUACUGAACCUUUGAGGAAAGGAGGAAGGAAGAAAUGCUUUCAGAUCUCGGAUGCAAACCUUUCACAGGGCGAAAUGUAACCACAUGGGUCAACCACAUGCACAUCCUUACUACAGAAGCCGUCCUUUCAUUUCAACUUAUAGCAAGCUAUGAUUUUUAUAUAUAAAUAUUAUAUAAAUAAUGUAUAAAACAUUAAAAGUUAACUAUGUAAAAUAUUAUUUCUGAAACAAUUUUAGCUAUAUCCACUGUGAUUAUAAACUGUGUCUCGACCUGUGUUAUUUACAUUAGCUGCUUAAAAAAGCAUGGAGUUAAUUUUUUUUUAAUAUCAACUAAAAUAUCGUAGUUCUGUGGUAGACAUUGUUUUUACAAUGAAAGAAAUAACUGCAACUAGAGAAAACUGUAUAAAAACAUUAAAUUGUCAGUAUUUUUGUAAGGUUCCAUUUUGUAAAGAGAAUAAUAUUCAAAGACUUUUGUAGAAUACAAAGUGAAAAUUUGUAUCUGCGAAACUAUACUUGUAUUAAAUGUGCUUUUUAAAUAAAAGCUCAUAACAACUAA